GGCGGGAGGCGGCGGGCGCGGACAGAGCGCAGCGGCUGCGGCACAGAUGGGGAUGCUCAGCCUGCCCGGAUUCCUGUCCUGCGGGAAGAAGAAGGACUUCAAUUUGACAAAUGAAAAAGAUGCACACGCCAGUGACAGCGAUGAGAACUCGGAGCGUGGCAACUGGUCCAGCAAAGGCGAUUACCUGCUCUCCAUGGUGGGCUAUGCUGUGGGCCUGGGCAACGUCUGGCGCUUCCCCUACCUCACCUACCAGAAUGGAGGAGGUGCUUUUCUAAUCCCCUACACCCUGAUGCUGGCAUUAGCUGGUUUGCCCUUAUUUUUCAUGGAAUGUUCCCUUGGGCAGUUUGCCAGUCAAGGGCCAGUUUCCAUUUGGAGAAUACUACCAUUGUUUCAAGGAGUGGGCAUCACGAUGGUCAUCAUCUCCACAUUUGUGACUAUCUACUACAACGUUAUCAUAGCUUAUGCACUCUACUAUUUAUUUGCUUCAUUUCAAAAAGUGCUGCCGUGGUCAGAAUGCUUUUCCUGGGCAGAUGAAUUCUGCAGCAAGACACGAUUAGUAAAUGACUGCAAUGCAACCAUGGAUGGGGAAAUCAUUCAUGCAAACUUCUCGUUCAUCGCAAGCAACAAUCUCACGUGUAUAAAUGGCACCAUAAACUACAAACCAGUGCAAUUUCCCAGUGAACAAUACUGGAACAAAGUGGCUCUUCAGCGCUCGAGUGGGCUGGACGAGACCGGCAGGAUYGUGUGGUACCUGGCUCUCUGCCUCCUCCUCUCCUGGAUCAUUGUUGGAGCUGCCCUGUUUAAAGGAAUCAAAUCUUCUGGAAAGGUUGUCUACUUCACGGCGCUCUUCCCCUAUGUCAUCCUGCUCAUCUUGCUGGUGCGAGGUGCCACCCUGGAAGGUGCCCUGGAUGGCAUUGAGUACUACAUUGGGAGGCAGUCCAACAUCACCAAGCUGAUGGAGGCAGAGGUAUGGAAAGAUGCAGCCACCCAGAUAUUUUACUCCCUGUCUGUGGCAUGGGGCGGGCUUGUCGCUCUGUCUUCGUACAACAAGUUCCACAACAACUGCUACUCAGAUGCCAUUAUGGUUUGUGUGACCAACUGCGUCACCAGCAUAUUUGCCGGGUUUGCCAUAUUCUCCAUCCUGGGACACAUGGCCUUUGUGUCCGACAGGCCGGUCUCAGAGGUGGURGACUCAGGGUUUGAUCUGGCCUUUGUAGCCUACCCAGAGGCUCUCUCCAAGUUACCGGUUUCUCCUUUGUGGUCCUUCUUGUUUUUCUUCAUGCUSCUGCUCUUGGGCCUUGACUCCCAGUUUGCCUCCAUAGAAACACUCACCACCACCAUUCAAGAUAUCUAUCCCAAAGUGAUGAAAAGAUUAAGAACGCCUAUAACCCUGGGUCUGUGCAUGCUGCUCUUUUUUCUUGGGCUUAUCUGUGUAACUCAGGCAGGAAUUUACUGGGUUAACCUAAUAGAUCACUUCUGUGCUGGAUGGGGAAUCCUUAUUGCAGCUGUCCUGGAGAUAGUAGGCAUUGUCUACAUCUACGGAGGAAACAGGUUCAUUGAAGACAUUGAAAUGAUGAUUGGAAAGAAGAGCCGUUUGUUCUGGCUGUGGUGGAGAGUGUGUUGGUUUUUCCUCACUCCUGUUUUGUUAAUGGCUAUUUUGGUCUGGUCUUUGGUCACRUUUUCACGCCCCACUUAUGGUUCAGUGUUAUACCCAACCUGGGGAACAGCUGUUGGCUGGUGCAUGAUCAUCUUCUGYGUCAUCUGGAUUCCCAUUGUUGCCAUUGUAAAAAUACUUAAAGCUGAAGGGAACCUUGUUCAGCGCAUUGUCAGCUGCUGCCGGCCCGCAGCCAACUGGGGCCCCUACCUGGCAUGCCACCGGGGAGAGCGCUACAGCCACAUUGUGGAUCCCAAGAAGGAAAAGGAGCAUGAGAUUCCUACUGUGUCUUACAUCGUGUACAAGCAACAAUGAGACGGCUCUUUGGACGACUUUUUUUUAAGCAUAUAUGCGGGUUUUGUCUUUUAAUAUUGGAAAGGGACAAGGAAAAAAAAAAGACAAAAAAGAAAGCAAAUCAACCCCCACUCCCUGCCCUUCAAAAUCCAGCCCCAAAAUGAAAGCGAGCCAUAUUAUUUAUUUUUAGUGCUUUAGUGUUUGGGGAGGAACAUGCCAGUUWGGCACUGAGAUCUCACCAGCUAUCCAGGUUGAGAGGGCAGGAUAAUACAUUGCAGGCUCCCCAGGGCUGGGCGUGCUGRACCCCAUCCAACUGGUAUCCAGCUGGACUGCAGGUACGGCUGUGGAGGAGAGUGAGGACAYGUUCUGGUGCUCCCCAGCUGGAACCCAAAGGUGCUCUGUGUGUGUGUGUGUGCCCUGAUGUGCAGCUCCUGCCCUGGGCUGUGCUCUGCCUCCCCAGUGAGUGCAGCCAGCAGAGGGCAAGGGGUGUGCUGCUGCCUGGCACUGCAGCUCAGGGAACAGGAGUAAUUCCUCUCUGUCUAAGCCUUGUGAGGCUGCUCAGGGUUUGAUGUUGGGUACGCUCUGUGUGUGUGUGUCUUUGUGUGUGUAUUGUCUAAACAAAUGUAAAUAUUGAGUGGCAAAAAAUUGCCAUCACAGGAAAUAAGGCUUAAAUAUAGUGACAAGCAGGCUGCUUUCUAUUCCUCAUCAAUGCUUUACCUGUCAGGUUGUUUUCUGCUUCUUUCACUCAGACUUGGGUUUCCCUUCCAAAGGAGACCCGAAGUGCUUUUCUAAAGAUUCAAACAGUGUUAUGGUAGGGCCAAAAGAAGCAGAACUUUACUUAAAGUGAAGGUUACAACUACUUUGUAGUGGUGUUGCAAAAUUUGGUGAAAUCACGAGAUUAAUGAGAAGUUAUGAAGUUUGUAAUGCAGUUGGGAACACAGACUUGAGCAUCUACAUAGGCAGGAGGGGGUUGAGUGAAGAGAACCUGACUUGUAAAACAAAUGAAUUCCUGAUUAAGGAGAAAAAAAAAAGACUCUGGAUGGAAUGACUACAUUUGAUAUGCUGAGGUACGCCCCUCUCACUGUGAUAAUGGUUCCUUGGGAACAAUGCAGCAGGGUAUCCAGCUGUCACUUCCUCUCAGGGCUUUGUCACUUUUUCUGGACAUGAAGGAGUGUGGACAGUGGUUUUGUUGCCCAAGCUGUGUACCUUGGUGUACGUUUUAUACUGGUACUUUUUUUGUGACAAAUCAACACUUUAUGGCAAACAAAAUGUGAUUUUUUUUUCCUGUUUUUAAUGAUUUUGGAACUGGCAAAUAAAAUGUGAUUUUCUGUUUUUAA